UACUCUUCGAGUUCUUUCUGACCGCACGCGACGGCAGGUUUUUGUCCAUGAGUCCAUGUGCUGUGGAUUUUGGACCUCGCGGAGAGCUUCGACGGUGAAGGCGUUCAAUAACAUGGCCGAGAAAUGAAAUGGGGAUAGCAAUCCGAGGAGAUUUUGUCUUGAGAAAUAUGGGUCGGCAGAGGGAAGGAAUUGAAAGUCACUGGAACUGGAAUCAAGAGUCGACGAGUGUGUUGAAUUUUCUUCGGCAUUGUGUUUUUAGUCGAUCGCUGCAUGUUGUCAACCAGCGCAUGGACGUAGGAAAAUUUGACAGAAGAGGUGGAGUGUAGAUGCAAGACUUCUGGAUUGGAUGUGGAUGAGUGAAGGCGGAGAAGCCAUGGCUGCAAAGAGUGUUUCGAUUGUCACGGGCCAGAGGGUGGCUUUGCUAAUCUGGCAAAUUCUGCCGCUGCGGUUCUGCUUACAGCGAGACGUCGCGUUAAGCGCAGCAGUGUGGUUGAAAUUCAUUGAUCUUGCCAUGGUCCUGCUCCCCCCCCCCCCCCCCCCCCCCCUCCAGUUAGAUGGGAGGUCUUCCAAACCCUAAUUUUCGAGGGGAAUUUUGUGCUUCUUCUGCGCAAUCCAUUGUAUCUGCAUUUGUGCUGGAAAAUCUUGGAAUUGAGAGUCGUACGUAUUGAAAUGUGAGUUCAUUGAGAAUGAGAGUAAUUAGAGCUUUGGCACAAGCCGGCGAAGACACUCUCGAAGAAUCAAUCCUUAGUAACCUUUUUGCAGAAGAGCUUCAUGCGCCACAUCUGUUUCUCACUAGUGGUGCGCUUCAUUGCCUAACAGCCAACAUUAUAAUGCUUCGAUUUUCGAUUUCGAGGGAUUCUAGCUUAUGCUCUGUACUGUUGCAGUAGCGUGGUCAUCUUCAAAAUAAAAAGAGUUGGAAGACACCCUUUUGAUACUGGAGUAAUUUGUGCUCAAUGUAUGCACUUAUUAUAGGUGUAAGGGGUAAUUAAAGUAUCCAGAGUGGGACUACUAACUCGGCAACUUUCAAUCCUUGUGCACCCUAUUCAGGCGCUAUCACAGGGCUGGAGCCUUUGAUGUACUGAUUUUUAUUUCAUUUUUAUUUUUUUUAUCAUCAAUCUUUGUGGUGAUAUGUAUUCUAACAGCACAUUUUCUUCCUGCAUUUCUUGCUUUAUGAUGCUGAUUGUUAGUCGUGGGGAAGUUUUGCAGGUAAUCCUAUGCCACACUACAAGUCUCUUGCAAAGCAGUUAGUUUCCAACUUUCAGUCUUCUAUUUCACAGUUUAGAAUAUCUGCAAAAUGCUCAUACUUUUGCAACGGUUUGCUGUUUAGGUCUUGUUAUUCUAGUUAUGUUUCUUCAAGAUCAGAGUAAUCUACUUGUGCAAAGCAGCUGCAAGCCUAUUAAACUUGACAAAAAUGAAGGAUGUUAUUUACGAAUGCAGAUAUAGGUCGCAGGCAAUACGGCUGUUGGCAAAGUUGAGCCAGACACGACCUUGGCAGUUUACGGGUUCGCUUGAGCCGAAAUCCCAUGCUGAAACAUUUCUUGUGAAUUUUAAAACCUUUUCGAGUUGAUCUGAAGUCAUUUUCUUGGACAGGUCAAUUUUGAGAACUUUUGCUGUAGGAUGCCGGUAUGGCGAGGCUCAUACUUCGUUUGAAAUUGUAUAAUUCUUCUUUUUCAGAGCGGUUGUAAAGAUAAACAAGUUUUGGGAACAGUUCCAGCACGUUGAUCUCCUUCAGUCUUAUAACUCUCGGAAAAAAAAUGGGGCUGGUGACGACACACUCAUGACUGCAAAUGAGAGGCAGAUCGUGGCUGUGCUUGUGAGCAGUGAUCCAGUUGAUUGGGUCGGGGUCUUCAGCCAGGUCUUACGUGAUGUGCUCCAAGCUGGUGGGCAUCCCGGUAAAAUUGAUGCAAGCACGCUCCAAACGCUCGUGUUUUUUGCCCGACCAAAUUUUCAAUUCCAGGUUGGUAACUUUGAAGGAACAGGAAAUCAUGACAAUUAUCCUGACGACAAAAAGGUUAAUGAUGUGUAUGAACCUUAGAUCUUACUCUCAAGAAAGAAGGGAUUAGCUCCAAGUAGACUCCAAAUCGGAGAAGCGACUCUCAAAAAUGCGUUCUUCUUCAGAUUACAGUACCCAUUGCUCUGCGGGUCGAGGUGUGGUUCAUGGAAGGUGAGCCUGCAGCUAUUUCCAUGAGGUGCCACAGCACUUUACUGCCGUUCGUGGCCACCUCCUGUGGAGUGCAGUCUCCCGAGUUUGUUCCGAUUAUGUUCGCCAACUACGGAAUUUUCGGGCCAAGUAGGUGAUGCGUUGACCACUACUAACGAGCGUGCUCUCGUAAGUGGUUAGGACGAGGGGCGAACACUAUUCUAGCAAUCCAUCAUCUCAAAGCUAUCAAAAACUCCACCGGCUCACCUUCCUUGCCGACGUUUCGCAACUUGCAUCCAUCCACAAGCCGAUCACAAAUGGAGAAUUCAUCAAUUUCAUCAGAGUAUAGAAUAACUCGGCGCAGUUCAUCUACGUAACUGCGCCUGAUGUAAAUUUCUAAGCGAGGCUAUCCGAAUCACAGCACUGUUGCAGACAAAUACUAGAAGUGGAAACAAUAGAGAAGCAAACGUCCACAUCCAGUCGGACGAUUCCGACAACGGCGUUAUCGAAGGAGCUUCUUCAUCCCUGACGACCCACCAAACCUAGUCCUGCUUUAGCAUAACCAGAUUGUCGCAGAGCAGAAGCUAAAUUCUGCAAGAUUUGCCUACAACAUGAUUUCUGUCCAAACCGUGAUGGCCCUGCAACAAUCUAUCAUGUCACUGGGGGCAUUUCACUGCGCAGACAGAAAUCGGAGAGAGAUUCAGAUACCUGUGCAGAAUAAGAAUCCCCUCAUGCCACCCUAACCUUCACCGGGUACAUGACCACAACGCGAGGAAGGGUUUUCCCUCUCUGGCGACAGAUGGACGGCGACUUUUGAAUCCACUACGAGAGCCUCGAAAACUCACCAAAUUCACAGGCAACAACACUAGGCGCGAUCAAAACCUAUAUUACAGAAACUUUAACACAGACCAGUUUCUCUUACCACUCUCGACUUGCCGGUCACGAGCCGCCGUCGGCGCCGGAUGUCAUCCUCGUGGCCGCCCGAGACGGAUGAACCUUGACACUAUGAAUGGACGAAUGUAGAUGGUUUCUGUUCUCCGAGAAUUGGCUGGUUUGCCAUCGUGUUGUGUCUACACAAGCGCUGAAGAGGGUGUGAUAUUGUUGAGGGAGCCAAGUGCAGAGAGACAUUCAGGAAUAGAGCGCCGGAGCACAUUGGAGUCGUUGAAUGUCGAGCGAGGGUUGUGUCGUAGGGCUUGAUUAAGUGAGGUUGGUGCGGUGGUGGUACCUUGUGGUGGUUUUUUUGUGUGGAGAGGUAGCGGAGAUUGGUUCGGGGCUGAAGAGGAGGUUGUUGUUUAGGGGACUCGGUGUAAGAUUGUGACGAAUUUUAAGGCGGUUUUGUGGUGGAAGAGAAGGAGAAGAUCCGGAGUGGUUUGAGUCUGUGGAGAGGAGGAGAAGGAGAGGAAUGGCGGGUAAAUGAUGAUGGUCGUUGUGUUGUUUGCAAUUUCUGUGCAGAGUUGCGACGUUCUCUCUUGAUGUUGUUUGUUGGGAAGUGCGGAAGUGCGGAGGCUCCUGUAUGCGGUCUUAUAAUCGGGCGCUGUAGAAGUGAUCAUCCAUAGCAAUGAGACACGUUUUCCCGGAACACGCUGGACAGUUUUCAAAGAGGACCGGCGAUAAGAUUUUAAGAACCGAGGAAUCUGUUGGGAAUGAUAAUCGAGCCGGAGAGUGCGUGAAGCUUGGGGACAGAAGAGUUUUGUUGAGAAUGCCGGGUAACAGAUUAAAGUCAGCUAGCUCUUCUCGCCAAACACAUCAAGCGAAGGAGCUGAAUGGCUCUGAUACCAAAAUACCAGAAUCGGUUGAGAAUGGUCGUGUAAAGGAGGAAGAGGAGGGUUCGGAAGAGGGUCCGAAGCAACCCCAACCAGAUGGAGUGAACCUCCAGUGGGGCCACAAAAAACGGACGCGCAAAAUUAAAUUAGACACCAAAGCUAAUGUGGAGGAGUCAUCUGGAAUUAAGAAUUUGAUUUCAAGACCUGAUAGACGCGUUGUACGGGCUGAAAAAGUAGCUCCUGCACAUGUCAAAGCACCAGCGGUUGCCCCUUGCUCGCAGUCGCCACUGAAGUCGACUAACGGAAGUAGCAGGAGAGAUGCAGAAGGAAAUGGAGCGACAUAUACAGCAAAAAAUGUAGAUGCAGACGGUGUCCUCGACAGUGAAGCUAACAAAACUAGAAAAGCAGAUUUGAGCUCACAUCCACCACUUGCGAAUCCUGAAAAGACCUCUGGCAGCAACCCCAGUACAGGAGCCCUCCCAACUGUCAGCACUAGACCUGAUGCAAAUGGUCACCUGGAAAAAGCAGCCCCCUCUGCGAAAGUUGACAUGGAACUUUUCCAGUGGCCAAAGUUUAUUAUAUCUUUGACUCGAAAAGAAAAGGAGGAUGAUUUUUUUGCUAUCAAGGGUUGCAAGCUCCCAAUUAGACCCAAGAAAAGGUUGAAGCAUGUGGAGAGGACUCUUCAGGUUAUGAGCCCCGGGAGCUGGCUAUGCGACUUAACAAGGGAGCGAUAUGAAGUAAGAGAGAAAAAAUCCAUCAAGAAGAGGCCAAGGGGUCUGAAAGCAAUGGGCAGCGCCGAAAGUGACUCUGAUUAGGCUUUUUGGACUGUACAAUAAACCCGCACCCGCUGAACUUCUUACGAAAAAAAAUGUGUGUUUCCAGGUUUAGCUGCACACUUGAAUUCUUACUUUCCAAGUUUGUAACAUUCUUCACAAUUAGGCAGCCGCGUCUUCGGCCUGUGGCAUUGAUAUGUCAACUUCAAUUUUAGAUCAUUGGAGAUGUCGGGUUAGUCUCCAAAGAAUCUAUAUUGAUAAAGUGGUCUGCACAAAUAUGUACUGUCAAUAUUAAACCUUAGUUCCCUUCCGAUGCAACAGACUUUCCAAAGCUAUGCUGCAUAAUGCCAUGUAGGAAGAUGACAAUGGAUAGGUGUUGCUGUCAGAAAAUUGAUGAUUUAUCAGCCCUCAUGCAUGUCUGCGAGGCAUGAUUUUGCAACCAGCUCGAUGUUGAAACUUUUGAUAAAUAGCUCGGUCAAGGUAGUAGUCACGUUGAACCAGAGAUCUGUUGCCUGAGUUGGCAGGCUAAGAUGCUUUAAGAGAUUUGAAUGUAUUUGAUCUCAGAUUGCAAUGUC